GGCGGCGGCGGCGGAGCGGCGGCCAUGUUGCAGUAGUUUGUUGUUUUCCUGCGGAGGAGCAGGGCUGAGUGGCCGCGACCCGCUGCCUCGCUCGCCGCGUCCCCCGUCUGGGCCCGCCGCCCGCUGCCCCCCAGCCGGCGCGGCGCGGCCGAAGCCGGGCGGAGCAGCAGCAUGGCGGCCGCGCUAGGAGCGGGCGGAGGAGCCGGCGCCGCAGAUGAUGACUUCGACCAGUUCGACAAGCCCGGAGCGGAGCGGUCCUGGAGGAGGAGGGCUGCGGACGAGGACUGGGACAGUGAACUGGAAGACGACUUACUCGGAGAAGAUUUGCUCUCUGGCAAAAAGAACCAAUCUGAUUUGUCAGAUGAAGAGCUGAACGAUGAUCUUUUACAGAGUGAUAAUGAAGACGAAGAAAAUUUCAGUUCUCAGGGCGUCACCGUCAGUCUGAAAACCACCUCUGGCAUGGUCACAUCCUACGAGCUGUCCGACCACACGCACGGCCAGGCCGGAGAGCAGGAGUCCGAGUAUGAGCAAGGAGAGGACGACCUGGGCUACCCCAAGGCCGACGGGUCUGCGCUGUAUGCUCACGAGUACCCGGAGGAAGGCCAGUACGAGGGCCAGGAGGCCGAGCUGGCCGAAGACCACAUGGAGUACGUGGAGGAGCCCGAGGAGGAGCCGCUGUACAACGACGAGGUGCUGGACAUCGAGAUCAAUGAGCCUCUGGACGAGUUCACGGGGAGCAUGGAGACUUUGGAACUACAGAAGGAAAUAAAAGAAGAAUCAGAUGAAGAAGAUGAUGAGGAUGAAGAAUCUGGACGAUUACGUUUCAAAACUGAAAGGAAAGAAGGAACAAUUAUUAGGCUCUCGGAUGUAACUCGAGAGAGAAGGAACAUUCCAGAAACUUUGGAGCUCUCAGCGGAGGCCAAAGCCGCACUGCUUGAGUUUGAAGAAAGAGAGCGCCAGCACAAGCAGGGCCGCUACGGCUCCCGGCGGGGCGGACGGAGAGGCGGUGCCCUGAUGUGCCGUGGCGUGGGGGACCAGCGGAGAGAGAACAGCGAGCGGGGCCGCGUGAAGGACCACCGCCCUGCACUGCUCCCCACGCAGCCUCCCGUCGUGACGCACUCUCCAAGACUGAUUCCUCCAGCACAGCCUCAGCCCCCGCCGCCCCCGCCCCCGCCCCAGCAGCAGCCCAUCCGGAGCCUGUUCCAGCAGCAGCCCCUGCAGCCGCUGCUGCCCCUGCAGCCCCCGCACCACCCCUCGCCGCCGCAGGGCAUGCACGUGCCGCCCCAGAUGGAGGCCCCCCGGGUGAUGAUGACCCCUCCGCCCGUGACUCCUCAGCAGCCCAAGAACAUCCACAUAAACCCCCACUUCAAAGGGGCGGUGGUGACACCUGUGCAAGUGCCGUUGCUGCCCGUGCCGAGCCAGCCGAGACCUGCCGUGGGACCUCAGCGAUUCCCGGGCCCUCCGGAGUUCCCGCAGCACACCCCUGGACCCGUUCCCAGCAACUUCAGCCAGCCCCCACGGCUCCCGCUUCAGGACCAGUGGAGAGCGCCACCCCCGCCCCAGGAGCGAGACCCCUUCUUCUUAGGAGUUUCAGGUGACCCUCGCUUCCCGAGCCAUCUCUUUCUGGAGCAGCGAAGCCCCCCGCCGCCACCGCCGCCGCCCACGCUUCUCAGCAACAGCCACCCUGUGCCCGCGCCCAGUCCUUUGCCGUUCACUCAGCCCGGACCAGCGUUCAGUCAGCAAGGACAGCAGCCCGUGUUCCCCAGAGACAGGCCUGUGAGGCCCACCCUGCAGCCCCCAGGCCCCGUGGGCCUGCUUCACUUCAGCCAGCCGGGGUCCGCGGCCGCGCGGCCUUUCAUUCCCCCGCGGCAGCCCUUCCUGCCGGGCCCCGGGCAGCCGUUCCUGCCCGCCCACGCCCAGCCCGGCCUGCAGGGACCCCUGCAUCCCCCACUGCCCCCUCCACACCAGCCACCACCGCAACCCCAGCAGCAGCCCCCUCUGCAGCCACCCCCGCAGCACCCGCCGCCCCCCCAGCCGCAGCACCAGCCUCCUCACCAGCCUCAGCCACACCAGCACCACCACCACCUGUCCGUUCCCCCUCCGCCUCUGAUGCCUGUGGCGCAGCCCCAGUUCAGGCCUCACGUGCAGACGGCACCGCCCCAGCAGAACAGCGGUCGGACGCAGUGCCCCCAGCGGCAGGGGCUGCGGCAUAAUACGACGUCUCAGAAUGUCACCAAACGGCCGUUGCAGCAGCUGCAGCCAACUGCUCCCAGAAACAGUAACUUGCGCGAGUUACCCAUCGCGCCCUCGCACGUCAUGGAGAUGAGCAGCAGCCGCUGCGCCUCCACGCCGGCCUCUCACGGGAAGCCGGCCAGCAGCACGCCGCCCCCCGCGAGGCCCGGGCCGGGGCCCAGGAGCACGCAGGGGAAGGUGGAUGUGAAGGCCAAGCCCGGAAGCCCUGGGGGGCAGCAGCCCAAGGAAGAGGCCAAAGCGGAGCCAGAGUUCCCCGAGGAAGACGAGGAGACGAGGCUGUACCGCCUGAAGAUCGAGGAGCAGAAGCGCCUGCGGGAGGAGAUCCUGAAGCAGAAGGAGCUGCGCCGGCAGCAGCAGGCCGGGGCCCGGAAGAAGGAGCUGUUGGAGAGGCUGGCGCAGCAGCAGCAGCUCUGCGCCCCCGCGGCCCCUCCGGAGCGGGAGGAGCAGCCGGUGGCACCGUCCCCGUUGCCCACCAACGGGAACCCCUUGCUGCCCUUCCCUGGCGCACCGGUCCGGCAGAGCGUGAAAAACAGACUUCUCGUGAAGAGCCAGGAUGCCGCUCCUCCAAACCUUCAGCCCAAAACCCCCAACUUCGUGCCGUCUGGUGCUAGCAUGCCGUACCCGGGACAGGCGGUGAGACCACUGAAGCACUUGAGACACAAAGUCCUGCAGGUGCAGCCUGCGGACGGGGACGCGCCGCCCUCAGCACAGACUGCCCGAGGGACGUCCCUCCAGGGCCGGCCCCCGGACGCCAAGCCCAGCGCCAAGAGGACUGUCAUGCACCGGGCCAACAGCGGUGGCGGGGACGGGCCACACAUCAGCUCCAAAGUCAGGGUGAUUAAGUUGUCAGGCGGGCAGGGAGGAGAGAGCGAUGGCUUUUUUCACCCGGACGGCCAGCCCCCGAGGCCCCCCCAGCCCCCCGAAGUGAGACAGCAGCCUGCCCGCAAGGUGACACUGACCAAAGGGGCCCUCCCGCAGCCCCAGCACCUGCCGGGCGGGGCCCACGUGCACUCGGCCGGCCCUCCGGGCAUCAGGAGCACCCAGGGGAUCCACCCGGCCAAGAAGGUCCUCAUGCACGGGAGAGGCCGGGGCGCGGCGGGGCCGAUGGGCCGCGGGCGCCCGAUGCCCAACAAGCAGAACCUGCGGGUGGUGGAGUGCAAGCCGCAGCCCUGCGUCGUGUCCGUGGAAGGCCUGUCGUCGUCCACCACCGACGCCCAGCUGAGGGGCCUGCUCACGUCGGUGGGGCCCAUCCAGAGUUUACAGAUGCUUCCCCAGCAGCGGAAAGCCAUCGCUAAGUUUAAGGAGCCAGCCCACGCGCUAGCGUUCCAGCAGAAGUUCCACAGGCACAUGAUAGACCUGUCCCACAUAAACGUGGCCCUGAUUGUCGAGUGACUCCCGGCAGGGAGGCCGACCGCACACGCAAGCUGAGGAGUUUCUUCGAGGGAGCUGCCGCGCCCGCCGCUCGAGCCGCAGUCUCCGCCCCGCCUGCCGACCGUCCGGAGCGCCGGGCAGCCCAGCGCUGCUUCCGGGGGAGCUGGACUUGUGGGACGCGGCGGGCCGCAGUUCGGUGUCAGAUGGCUUCAGACUCUGUCGUCACCCCGAGAACUCGAGUCCUUGUUUUCUUUUGUGUUCGAAGUGCUCACAAUGCAUGUAGACAUUGUUCUUCGUGACCUCACUGUCUGGCCGACCGAGCGCUCCCCGUGACUCAGGGUUAGGGAGGGAGGUCAGCGGCAGGUUCUCUGAGCUUUUCACAGCGAAGAACACUUGAUAAUGGUUGCACUUAUCUUCAGUGCAGGCUAGGCCGUUGUCUUUCCCGGGAGCCCCCGGAGGCUCUCGGACCGCAGGCGGAAAUACGGGUGGCCGUGACUGCCAGCUGCGUGUCCUGGGGAGCGGGGCGGGGGUGCCCUGUGCGGCUCAGUCUGCUUGUUGUACAGGGUCUGGACGUGCCCGCUGCACAUUCUGAGUUCCUCAGGGGCCUGCCCGCCCCAUUUAACUUCCCAGAUAAGGCGAGGACCCAGCGGUCACUGCCGUGCUGCCCUGAGUGCAGAGGAGCUGUGUGUGCUCCUCUGGCCGCCGCCCUUGGGGCGUCCGCUGCCUGGUGGGGGGCACAGUGCACCUGCCGGGCAGGGAAGGGCAGCCCAGAGCUUGACCGGGCCUGGGUGGUGGUUUUCUCUUUUUCUAAAUGCAGCGCAAAGUGGCAGGACCCCAGCACUGGCUCUUGGCAUGCACCGUUCUUUGGAGAGCUGGUUAUUGCUUUGAUUAACCUUUCUUCUUCUCCUUCUCUUCCUCCUCCUUCUUCUUCUUCUUUUUCUUCUUC